AUGGAAGGCCCACGCAGGAGCCAGGUGCUGCAGCGUAAUAGCCAGGAUGGGCCGCUCUCGGGGCAGUCGCUUGGGCAGGAUCUGAAACGGGGGCAGCCCCUUGCCAGGGAUUUGUCAGGGCGGCAGCAGCUGGGUCAGCAGCGUGGGCAGCAGCUGACGCCCAGCGCAGGCCAAGCACUACAGCGCAAGGCGCAGCAGAGGCAGACGCUCGCCAACGGCCGCGGCGAGCAGCUCAGCGAGCUGUCCUUCGCCUCGCCUAGCCAGGGCCAAGCUCUUUCCAGGGAGGAGCCGACCUCGGAGCAGAUGAGCAAGCAGGCGAUGGCGAUGGGGGGGCAGCUGAUGAUGCGAGCCGCGGCAGCGCAGCAGACGAAGAUGGGCGGGCGCCCGGGAGCCGACCGCGCGCUGCUGCCGACGGCGGCCGUCACACUGGACACCUUCCUGCACGACUUCAGCGUGGGCAAGCUCAUCAACAAGCUGGCUGACCUGGAGCAGCACAACCUGCGCGCCCAGAUCGCCGCUGUGUCGCGGCCGCAGGCGCAGCCGUCCGCCUCGCAGGCCGCCGCCAAGCCGCCGACCCCCGCCGCGCUCGUGGCCGAGCUGCAGGUUGUCGACAAGCUCCUCGUCAACUUCCAGCGGGCGGAGAAGGAGAUGGGUGAUCUGGAGAAGAUGGUGGACCAGAAAGUGCAGGCGCUGCACGAGAAGUUACGCGGCAAAGAAGAGGAGUUCCAGGAACAACUGGAGGCGAUGGAGGUGGGGCUGGAGAAGGCGCAGAGCACGUUCUCACAGCUGGACGCGCAGAUGAGCCAGAGCAGCCAGACGGCCGCCAAGAUUGGCGACCGAUUGCAUAAUGCGGAGGGGUUCAGGAAGCGGGCGCUGGAGGGCGUCAAGGUGGUGACCUACCUGCAGGAGUUUGCCAACGUGGCCCAGCUGUCCGAGCUGUCCGAGCUGUUCCAGGACGACAACCGCCUGGCAGAGGCUGCGGCUGUGACGCGGCACAUCCUGACGAUUGGGCAGGAGCUCACUUUUGCAAAGGAGAGGGUGGCCCUCCUGGACGAGGCCCCCCGCAGCAGCGGGCCGGGCACGCCUCAACCGGGGAGCAUAGAGCAGGCGGUGGCGCAGGUGGAGGCGUUCCGGGGCCUGCUGGAGCACCGCGUCAUUGCGCGCUUCGACGCGGCCGUGGCGGCUGGCGACCUGGGCGGCAUGGCCGAGUGCGCGCGCAUCAUGGCCGAGUUCCGCCAGGGCGAAUCCCAGCUCGUGCAGCGGUACAUAUCGACGCGGCCGAUGUUCAUAGACGUGCGGGAGCUGUCGGCGGGCGCGGCUGGCGCGCAGGUGACGGACGCGACGACGGCCGGCAUCGCCGUGCGCGACCUGGGGCAGCUCUACAAGGGCCUCUUGGCGGCCGUGAAGGAGGAGGCGCUGGUGAUGGAGCAGGUCUUCCCCUCCCCGCGCACCGCCCUCAUCAUCUUCCUCCAGCGCGUUUUCGAGCAGCGCGUCCAGGCGGCUGUGGACCGCAUGCUGGUGGUGCAUGCGCCCAACGCGUCGGCCGAGGCGCGGCAGCAGCACCUCAAGCUGCUGGUGGAGGUCUACAAGCGCACGCACGCCCUUGCAGAACAGCUCCAGGAGGUGGUGGGGGAUGGCACGGACGUGAUGGAGAUGUCGGAGGGCGUCUUUGCGGAGGCGCUGGCCGACUACCCGGGCAUGGAGCUGGCCUGGCUGCAGCUGCUCUACGACAAGGCUGCGCAGCAGGCCGAGGCAACGCCUACAACGCUCUCCAUGCCCUCCGUCCUCCUCUCUGGCUUCCGCUCCAAGACGCAGAGCCAGGGGGUGUCGCCGGAGCUGGUGAAACAGUUCCUGGACUGGAAUGCGGAGGCGGCCACGCGGUGCGAGGUGCUCAGCCCCGCGGGCGCCGCCCCUGCCAACGUGCGAGCGCUGUUCCACUCGUCCACCGUGCAGCGCGCCUGCUCCGGCUGCCUCCUCGAGCAGGUGGCGAGCCACCUGAUAUCGGGGCUGUCGCAGGCGGUGCAGGCGUGUGCGGCAGCCAACAGCGCGACCUACGGCAUGCAGUCCAUCACCGCCCCCUCCCGCAUUGCCAUCACCAAGGCCGCCUACGCGGUGGUGGAGGGGAGCGUGGGCCGCGUGCUGGAGGCGGUGGGGGCGGCGACGGGGAUAAUCCGGGCGCUGCAGCAGCACUACGCUCGCGAGAUUGAGCCGCGAGUGGAGCCUGCGCCCGUGGAGGCGACCGCGUGCGCCACCGGCCUGGCCGCCCUCGUGCGCGCCGUUGAGCGCCAGGCGGAUCGGACGCUGGUGGCGGAGCAGCGGCGCACGGACUUCCGGCCGCCGGAGGACGGGGACACGCCGCAGCUGGACCGUCCGACGGAGGCGUGCGCGCUCGUGGCAGCUCUGCUCUCCGCGCUCCUGCGCCUGGCCGCGCAAUCCCUGCAGGCCUCCAACCUCGCCUCCUUCGACACCGAGGCGCGCCCCUUCGCCACCCUUGUGGGCAGGCGGGCGCACGCGUUGCUGGUGGGGCACAUGCAGCGGUACGUGUACAGCGCGAUGGGCGCCCUGCGGUGGAAGCGGGACGUGACCGAGUACGCCGACAUCCUGCGCAACUCCCACUCCCCCACCACCAACGCCCAGGCGCGCCGCAAGCCCGGCCUUCACCAACAUCACAGUCCCCGGGGUAAACGCGUGGUUGCUGCGCAGAUGGAGGACUUGGCGGCGCUGGUGAACAUUCUGCUGGUGUCGCCGGACAGCCUGAUCGGGCUGGUGCAGACGUCGCUGCACAUGUCGCACAAGCAGGCGCUGCAGUACAUCCGCCUGCGCGAAGACUUCGCCACCGCCAAGGUCGACGGCGUGCCUCUCGCCAAGAUCUUCUCUCACGAGUGA